AUGGACACGCAGAUUCAACGUGCAAAGGACUUGCUCGCACAGAAAAAAUACGCAGAGGCUGCCAAACGCUGCCAACGAAGCUUGGACACUCUGUCCCAGGGUGCAUCGUUGCCCAAUCCUGAACUGUUCAUUAUCUUCGCACAGGCUGUGUACAACAUGGAGGUGCAAAACUCCGGCAACCUGUUUGGGGACGCUCUCACGGCAGCUGGCGAUGGUUCUGGGUCAGAAUCCGAGUCUGACGUGAGCCAGGAGGAGGAUGAGGGCGAAGAUGGCCAGGCAGACAUGCCCAACUCCAGGAUGUUCCAGUUUGACCAAGAGGAGGAAGACCUGACAGGCGGGGUCGAAGGCAGUGAGAGUGACGAGAGUGGCGAUGAGGAUAGCGAGGAAGAGGACGAAGAGGGCGUGAUAGAAGAGGGAGAGCAGUCGGCCUUGCAGGUGCUCGAUGACUUCAGUCCGCUGAAGGAACAGGACGAGGAAAUCGAAGACCUCUCGCAACUCCGCAAGUCUGGGUUCGACGUCUACUUCGAGAACGACCUCUACGAGAACGCCCUCGACCUACUGGCACAGGCGUUGAUCCUUCUGGGACACUCGUCCCUAGAUGGCCCACCUCCAACCGAUAAAACCAAAUCGCGUAUCGGCGAUGUGUACCUUCUGAUGGGUGACAUCGAGAGGGAGGCGGAGAUGUUCAGCAGGGCCAUCCGCCACUACAUGAAGGCGCUGGGCUACUACAAGACGCUGCAAGACGCUGUCGAGGUCUGCGAUAAGACCAUAGAAGCAGAGUUCCUCGUCUGCGAUGCCCUAAGGUGGGAACACCGGAUACCUACUGAGGACAAGCUGAAAAGAUUCAAGCACGUCGAGGCUCUACUCCAGAACUACAUCGCCUCGGGUCCCAAGGACGCACAGCUGCAGCAGGCAAGGCUGGCGCAGAUACAGGACGACAUCGACGAAGCGCAAGACCAGCAGCAACAGCAUGGGCCCAAGAGACCGUUCUCCCAGCCAACCACCUCCAUCGGCUUCCCCGCACUCGACAAGCCCCUUGACGGCUUCAACGACCUGUCCCAGCUGGUCAAGAAGAAGCCCAGAAGGCAUUGA